AUGGACAAGGGCAAGCAAAAGGCGCGCGACCCCGAGCUGCCGGUGGAGGUAGCUCCUCCUCAAACCACUGCAGAACUUAACGUUCCAGGCAGCUCCCGCAUUCCCGAGGCUGUGGCCAUCCCGAACCGGGCAGCCACCUCUGCAUCGCGUCACGGCCAUGACCAUAUCACGAGGGAAAGUCCAUCAUCCUUCAGCGACAUGACCGGCAGUCCGGGUCGUCGUCCAACUCAUACCAGAGCCAAGUCAUCGCUCGGCUCUUCCAACAUGUUCGACUUCUUCGGCCCCAGUUCCAUCGCCUCGGACGCUACUGCUGCCACCAGCUUCCAUUUUGGCUCUCCCGGUACGAGCCCCAAGCUGGCCUCAACGCUCGAGGCGGCCUCCCCGCACAUUGCGUCGCAGCAGCGUGACUCGCUCGAAGACACCGUGGAGACCCGACCUGCUCAACGAAGCGCAUUACAGCCGGCCUCCGCAGAUGCGCCGGAGCAUGCGUCUGCUUCCGAAGAGGAACGCCUCGGGCCGCAGGAGUCCGCACUCGGAGCUCCGAGUGCCCCCAUGCUUCCGCUCUACCCAGACGAGAUUCUGCCAGACUACGAGGAAGCUCCGGAGUACACUCCACCCCUCUCUCAGCCCUCGAGCAGCAGCAACCGCUCCAAGACGUCGGCUUUCCGAACAGCCGCUGCGAACCGGUUCCUCUCCAGCCGUAUCGCCAAGAAACUCAACUUACCCCCGGCUCUCCAAAGCCGACUUCAAGGCACUCAGACACCGGAUGCCCACUCCUCAUCGCAGCACUAUCCUCCAUUCUCAUCAGCCGCCCACUCGGUCAACAGGGCGCCUUUCGCGAGAAGCGACAGUGCACCGGACCUUGCUCGCACCAGACAUGCAAGCUCUCGCACGCCAAUCGAAGUGCGUAGCUAUGCAGCAACGGCUUACAUGGAUGGCGCCAGAAUGGGUCCGGCUCCGCGUCGACCCAGACUCGCAUCAUCACGCCCUUCGACUGCCCACACCAGCCCGAAUCGAUCUCAAACCCCCGACGCAAACUCCGCCCGACCCGCUACGAGCGCAGGCACCGUGCCCACUCGAGGGCAGCCUACCGCAUCGCCCCUCCUGAGGACUGCAGUGUCCUCUGCGGUGCCAUCCCGCAGAAACAGUGGCGAAACGCGGCCGCCGAGUCGAGCCACAGUCAGCUCGGCUCCCAAUGGUGGACUCUUUACAUGCGGAUACUCUGCUACCCGUAGCGGGGCCACAACGCCCACCCGGCCUGGCUCCGCACGCAAGGCCCGAAGUCGCAAAGUCAGCUUGCGUAGCCUAGGCGACCUCUUUUCCGUCAAUCGCGAACGAGACCUUCCUACCCCCCCUCUGGAUCAGCAGGAGGGGCGAUCGCGACAGAAUGCGCCACUAGCGACGCUCUUGAGAGAAGUUGUCUCGCCAGUCUCUUCCGAGACUCUCAUUUCUGCUCGCGUCCAUUCGAGCUCGCUCGUGCGCCCAGCUUUGAUGACGACGACCCGGAGCAGCGCCCAUGCCAGCAUCGAUGCGGCCGAAUCUGGAACCCCGGUCCUGAUCUUGCCACAUCAGAGCAGACAAGACGCACUGCACAAGCUCCCUCGCGAGGUCGUCCUUACCAUCUUCAAGAGCCUUGUGGAUCUCCACGUCGAGGAGCACAAGAACGCGGUCCAGAGCGGGGCUUGGCGAGGCAAGCAGACGAGUGAGACACGUUGGGUUGGUGCAGAGGCCGCUGUCCGGGAGCUCGCCCGCCUCAGCCGCGUUUCUCGAACGUGGCAAAGUUACGUUCUGGACGGCCAGCUCUGGCAGAGUCUAGCAUUUUCGGACUAUCCUGACAUGGCAGAGGAAGCCAUGAUCAGCAUCGCCAACGCCGUAGGGCCAUUCGUCCGGCGCCUCGACUUGCACGGGCUUGCAGGACUCCGCUCGAGCGUGCUUCUAGCGCUGUCCAAGGCACAGCGUGCUCGAUCCUCGACCGGCAGCGAGCUCGAGCUCGGCACUUCAUCUUCCGAGAUGUCAGCCAAGACUUGCCAGCUCGAGGAGCUGGACCUGGAAGGGUGUCGACAAAUCUCAACAAGUGCGCUCAACAUCGUCCUUUCACGUUCGCCGCGGCUCAAGAUUUGCAGGCUGGCGAAUCUGCCAUGCGUCGACAACACGACAUUGUGCACGUUGGCAGCGUGCGCACCCAAGCUGGAAGUGCUCGACGUCAGCCGUUGUGCAAAUGUGGACGGUGAGGGUAUCCGAGCCUUCUUUGCCAUCCAGGAAAGCGAGCUGAACAACUCUGCUCUGCUCAAGGAGCGCAACGUCGGGUCCAAGUUCCGCGAGCUGCAUGCUGCUGGCGUGGCCGGCUUUGACAGCGCGACCUUGGCUCAGCUCGGCAGGCACUGGCCCAACCUUGAAGUGCUGGAUCUCAGCUAUUGCAGCGAUGUCAAUGAUGCUGCCGUUGCCGCUCUCGUCAGCAGCGAGGGUGACCUGGUGAGCGAAAAGGGCAACUUUGCCACUCUCACGCCACGUCAGGCUGGAAGUCAAGGAGACGAGGAGAUGGCUCGCAGAACCUUCCCAUACCUUCGACGGCUCAAUUUGUCGUCUUGCCGCGCCUUGACUGACCGAGCUUGCGUCUCGCUAUCGCACGCGGUCCCCAAGCUCGAGGUGCUGGAGCUUUCCAAUAUUGGACCAGCUCUCAAGGAUACCGGCCUGGUCAAGCUUCUGGCCACGGUGCCGCAGCUACAGAAGCUUGACUUGGAGAGGGCCACUCAGAUUACGGAUGCGGUGCUGUCCGCUCUGACGCCUCCGGAAUCUCACGCCGAGGCUUUCGGUCUCGCUGUACCCGAUCGAGACACCUUGAUGAACGGCGUAAGGCCACGCGGCUCACUGCUGCACCUGGCGCGCCGAUCUGCAAGCCGUCGCAGGCAAGCCAACUUGUCGUCCGCAGAAACGCAAGAUGAUUCGCCCCCUGGCUAUAGCGAAGAGGCCGUGGCGGCACUGAUCCCGGCAACGGGAACGCGUCUGACGCAUCUCGUCCUGUCGUCGGCCAAUCGGCUCACGUCCGAGGCGCUGCUGCUCCUCGUCAACCGAUGUCCGUUCCUGGUGCAUCUCGAAGUCGACGACACGCAUGCCGAUAACGAAGUGGCGAUGCAGUUUGUACAGCUUGCGCGCUAUCGCAAGGUGCAGAACGCUUAUCUCUGCCUGGUCGAUUGCAGGUCUUUCUCUCGCGAUACAUAUUCGCAUCUGAACAGCGCAGAUGGAGCUGAUGGAGGCGUCCGACCGCGCCGAGGAUCUCGCGGCUAUCCGUUCAGGCACUUUUUCUACGACGACGCGGAUCCUGCCGCGGGCUGUGCAGCAGCACACACGAACGCUUCCGAGGCUUCCGCCGCAGCGGCCGCUACCUCGUCUCAUAUCGCUGAUCGCUCAUCACGCGCUUCGCUGGACGGUCGCGAGCGUGACCGCGGAUACGACGAAUGCAACGUGGCCAAACCAGUCGUCAAGAGCUUCUGGGGAUGGCAGCUCGUGGACGCAAGGAUGAAGCAGCGGCGAAAGGCGGACCAGCGCGCGGCGGCUCACCGGCGCCAUGGCGGGCGCAACAAGAUGGGCAGCGUCGUGGCGAUGGCUCUGGGGCUGCCCGUGCCUGGACUGAUCGGCACUGACGAGACAACCACUACGCGACAUCCAUCGCUGCUGAUCGGAUCUCUGCGCGGCGCCGGGCCGAGGUGGACUCGCAUGCUGGCGACGCCCGAGCGAGGAAGCGAUGACGAAGCUGCGGCUCAUCCGAUCCAGGACGAUGACGACGACACGGAUGACCCACGCGGUGCUUUCCGGCUCGACGCUCCUCGUCUUCUCAUCACCACAACCACCCGGCUCAUGAUUCGUGUUGGCCGCUUGCUCACCACACGCUUCUCCACCACCUCUACCGUAUCUUGCUCUCCGCUACGAGCUGGAUUUGCCACGUCUGCCAUCAUCAAGAUGAAGAUCCAUCCGGUUCCCGUUCGUGACGACAACUACGCGUACAUUGUGCAGUCCUCUGUGGACGGCAAAGCAGUCUUUGUCGACCCGUACGAUGUCCCCACCGUCCACAAAGCAGCCUCGUCCCUUGGAAUUUCGGAUGACAACAUCGUAGGCCUUCUCACGACGCACCACCACCACGACCACUCUGGCGGCAACGAGACGUUCGCAUCGACCUUCCCCAACCGUCCGAUCUUUGGCGGUUCCAACCAGAUCCCCGCGCUCACGAACCAGGUCAAAGACUCGCAGAAGCUCAACGAUCUCCUGCAGGGUGUUGAGAUCACGUGUCUUGCAACCCCAUGCCACACCCAGGACCACAUCUGCUACCACCUCAGUGACGGCGGUGAGAAUGGCGUGCUUACGGGCGAUACGCUGUUCAUCUCUGGUAGCGGAAGAUUCUUCGAGGGUCAACCCCAUGAAAUGCUUGCUGCGAUGGAUAAACUCUCCGCCCUCCCCGACAACACUGUGGUCUACUGUGGUCAUGAAUACACAAAGGCCAACGUAGCAUUCUCUGCUGCAGUCCUGGAUAAGGACGACCUGAAAAAAGUUGUCGACCAACUCAAAGCCGAUUCCAACGCUGUCACCACCGGUGUAUAUUCGAUCGCCGACGAGCGCAGACAUAACCCCUUCAUGCGAUGCCGCGACUCUGCCGUCAAAAACAAGCUGACAAAGUAUGCAGACGGCAAAAACCUCGACGACCCUGCUACCGUCAUGGGCCUCCUCCGCCAACUCAAGAACGACGGAACCCUCAAGGCUAACAUCUAA